CAGCUCACGUUGUGCCUGGUGACACAAAGCAAAGGGUUCCAAGCUUGCCGUCGAUCAAUUCUUCCAUACUCUCUUAACUCCGCUCUAUCUCCACCGCUGAAAGUGGGGAUCGGUUGUAGACACUCAUAGAUAAGGAACCUCGCGACUGGAUCAUCCUAGCCAUCAUGUUUCCUACUGAAGGCGUGAUCGCGCAAGCCUUUUCCUCUCAGCAUCCACUGGGACAAUCCCACUCGCACCCUCAGCCGUCGGCAGCGCCGGAAAUGCAGAAGCGAGAGCCAUUUCCUGCCUGGAGCGUGAUUGAAGAUACCAAGAAGAAGGCAGACGCGCUGGCUAAGGAAGCCUCUCGAGAACUCGAUCUUGCAAGCCAGAAGGCUCAAGCCAAGACAGGCAAGAUUGAACCAUGGACUCCCAAAUACUAUGCGGCUUGCACUGUCGGUGGAAUGCUUGCCUGCGGUCUGACCCACACCGCUGUGACCCCUCUAGACUUGAUCAAGUGCCGCCGUCAGGUCGAUCCGCUCCUGUACAAGAGCAAUCUAGAGGCAUUCCGCACAAUCCGUGGGGCUGAAGGAUUGCGAGGAGUAUUUACUGGCUGGGGACCAACCUUCUUCGGUUACAGCGCCCAAGGUGCAUUCAAGUACGGUGGCUAUGAGUACUUCAAGAAGCUCUACAGUGACCUUGUAGGCGUGGAAAACGCGACUCGAUGGAAGACUUCUUUGUACCUGGCUGCCAGUGCGUCUGCAGAGCUUAUCGCUGACGUAGCCCUCUGUCCUUUUGAGGCCGUCAAAGUACGUAUGCAGACAACCAUUCCUCCGGACAUCCGGUCGACGUUCACCGGCAUCAACAACGUGGUCUCCAAAGAGGGCGUGGCUGGUCUAUACAAGGGUCUCUAUCCGUUGUGGGGUCGUCAGAUUCCGUACACCAUGAUGAAGUUCGCGUCCUUUGAGACCAUUGUUGAGAUGAUCUACAACUACCUGCCCGGCCAGAAGUCCGACUACAACAAGGGUGCCCAGACUACCGUGGCCUUCACUGGUGGCUACCUGGCUGGUAUCCUUUGCGCAGUUGUGUCGCACCCCGCCGAUGUGAUGGUCAGCAAGCUGAAUGCCAACCGUCAGCCUGGCGAAGCCUUCGGUGCUGCGAUGAGUCGCAUCUAUAAGGACAUUGGUUUCCGCGGCCUCUGGAACGGUCUUCCCGUCCGUAUUGUCAUGAUCGGCACCUUGACCGGACUCCAGUGGAUGAUUUACGAUUCGUUCAAGAUCUUCAUGGGUCUGCCGACGACCGGCGGAGGCCCAGCUGCGGAGAAGAAGUAGUGGUGAGUAGAUGCUGUGGCCAGUCAAGGGUCUUCUCUGUUCUGUAUGCACUUUAUUAGUCCCUACACAACGUACUGUAGUUAUCUCUAUCUCUGAGAAGGUGUAGUUGGCGUUUCCGUACAAUGAUGAGAUUAUUUGCACUUGUG